GGCUUUGGUUUGAUGAUAACCUUGAGCCUUAUAAGGCAAGGCGUCCAACCCAUAUAAACCUCAAAUUCCCGAAACCAACACUGCUACUUUCUCUGAUUCAAAUUUCGCGCUCCCAACAUCAGCAAACAACAGCUGUUGAAUUCUAAGGCUCAAUUCAGUGCAAUUGAAGAAUAGUAAUCAACAUGGAAGAGCAAGACACCCAAAUAGCCAGAAAGCGCAAGAUAAAUGAUAUGGAGCAUGAAAGAAGUGAGGACAGAGGUGAAUUAAAUGAAGAAAAUGGGGAAGAAGAGAGUGAGAUGAACUUCUCUGGAUCAGAAGAAAUGAGGCUUGGCAUUGCUCGCCUUCAUGAGAAAGUUGAGGCAUAUAAUCAACUGGUUUCUGAGAUGCUGGAAUCUGGAAAGUCACUGUUCAACAAGCUAAGCCAGGAUUAUGAAGAGCGAGUUCUCAUGAUCCACAAGGAGCAGAUUGAGAAAUGGCAGGAAGAGAUGAAGGAGCUGAGGGUGAUCGAUGCAACUAAUGAGGAAAUGAAUGAUCGCCUUAAUAAUGUCAAAUGCCUACUUCAAACUGUUCCUAUCGGCCAAUGAAGAUUCAGCAUUUCAACUGCUAAUUAGACCUUGAUCCGUUGCUUUUUCUGCUGUGAAUCAUGGAUUUGCCUGAGGACAACCAAAGCUGUUUACAAGUGCAGGUAUAUCUGCCAAAUUUUGUGCACUCUCUUACUUCUAUAUAUAUAUGCAUCAUUAAUUGAAAGACCGCUUUUAUUGUAAAGGUUGAUCUAGUUAUAGUUGCUCCACCUUAGAUUACCGAUAAAGAAGUAUGGGUAAUCCUGUUCUCAUAACUGCGAGUCUGCUACCUCUUCAAUAUACAAUUUUUUUUUUUCCUGGAAUGGAGUUAGUACUUCACUUUGAAGAAUCAUGUUGACUUAAAUGUGUAAUUGCAAGCCGAGAGAUUGAACUGCACAAAUCCAAAA